AUGAAUAGGUUUGCUAUCCAUAUAGUAUUAUUCAUCUAUUAUGCGAUAUGGUUACUAUUACCAAUAUUUGAUCUAGAAGGACAGUGGAAAUUAUUCCCACUACCUAGCAUAUAUGCUAUUUAUAUCCCUAUUGUAUUGCUAUUGAUUGGGUUUACUAUAGUUGGGACAUUUGUUGGAUUAUUGUUACUUCGAGAUGUACCUGAAGAUUUGGAUACAAUGAAUCAAAAUAAAUUAGCGCCAUAA